UGCAAUCAUGGCGCACGGGGUACUGUGUUUUUAGAAUGCUGAGAAGUUUUUACGUAAACACUUCGUUAAUUUAUAUUGCCAUCGAUUUGUGUGUUUUUAUAAAUUACCCUUGACUUUAUAUAAUCAUAGUUAAGCAUACAUGUAUGUACAAAACUUGAGAAUUUCAGCAGUUCAGAACCACGUCUCUGUACUACUGGACACUUGCAGAUAACGUUGUUGGUGUCAUAAUGUCAGAGGCGUACGCCCGCGAGAUACUACGGAGGAAUGUUGCGCAAAUAUGCCAAACUAUAGGAUGGAACGGCAUAAACUCUACGCCACUUGACAUUUUGGUACAUGUACUGGAGAAAUAUAUCAAAACCCUUGGCAUCCAAGCCAGUAGGCAUGCUGAACAAUUUAAUAGGACUGAACCAAAUUUACAUGACUUAGGAUUAGUAUUCCGUGACCUUAAUGUGAAUUUGCCGGAGCUUGCUGAAUAUGUGCGUUGUGUGCCUCCUGUACCACCUCCAGUAAACUCUGUUAAAUUCCCAAAACCGAAAGAAUCUAACUUAAACUUCUUAAAACCUGGAAGUCAUGAAGUUGUCACAAGGCCCAUGCACGUGCAUGAGCAUCUGCCUCCUAUGUAUCCAGAGAAAGAGAGAGACACACCGGCUGUUGCAGGCACUAUUGAAAUACAUCAAAAUGGUAUUGAUAAUGUCACUAGCAAUAAUACCAUAUGUACAAGUCCAGAAAUAUCUGUCACAGACAGUCCUGAGAAACCAAAGGAAAUUUUUAAGAGACCAAUUGAUCCUGUUUCUUUACCUAAUAGUAAAAGGCCACGGUUACGCUUAGAGGAAGAGGAGAGGACGAGAGAAAUAAGUAGUGUGAUGAUGACCAUGUCUGGUUUUCUGUCACCAGCCCGUGAAGGUAAACUUCCCGAAGCCCGUCCUCCUACAAUUAUAGCAGAAAAGCACUUUGAAAAGCACAAAGUUAAUUCUCAUACAAAUGUAACUAAACCUCCAAUUUUAGAAAAAGUUGAUAAGAAAUCUAAGAAAAAUAAAUUACCUAAUGGUAAAAUUAUGAAGAGUAAAAGAAAAGAUAAACAUAAGAGUGAAAGUGGUAAAAAUAAGGACAGUAAUAAAUUAAAUAAAUUUCCUCCUGGUUAUCCUGUAAAAAGUAAGGAUGUGCAGCCCAGACACCAUAAUCAUAUAACUAUGCCAGCGCCUGAAACUGCCCCUCCACCUCCUCCUUCAAGAGCAAAGAUGGCACCUCCUCCUGCACUGGUGCCCAUUCCAGAGCCAGUAAAACCUGUCAUAAAACAGGAACCAUUGGAUCCUCCGUCACCAAUAUCCAGAAGGCUUUCUGUUGAAGAUGCAAUACCGGUCCCUAGAAAAAUUCCAAUCUCAUUAUCUCCUCUAGUAUCUAAUUCCAUCACCACACCUAAACAGCAGUCUAUGAGUAAUUCUCUCAUUCCUCACACUGAAAUAAAGAGAGAAGUUUUAGAUGAAGAUGAGAAAUUGGCCUCUCAACCUGAUAAAUCAAAGAUUAAUAUAUUUAAGAGAAUAACGAACAAAUCAAAAGAAGAUAAGACUACUCCAGAGGUUGUAAAUGAUAAAGUAAAUCUUGAUGCUACUAUUUCAAGGUUGCAAAAUGCAUCACAUCAAAAUUCAGUUCAUAAGUCAAAUGAAAAUGCAAGAAUGAAAUCUGAAGUGAUAGACCAAAUUGUGAACAAUAAUGACGAUAGUGCUGUAGAUUUGUCUAAAGUGAUGGAUUUAAGAAGUAAUGAAGUGAUUAAUAUUGAUGAGGAUUCUUUGGACAGAAACCCUAUACCACAGCAAAGACAACUACUGGAAUCUAAACCUAAUAUAUCAAUCAACAAGUCCUUACAAACUCCUUUUCCCAAAGAUCUACCGAGUGUUAGUCCUAAAGUUAAAAAAGAGAAAAAACACAAAGACAAGAAAGAUAAAGCAGCAAAAUUAGAAGCUAAAUUGUUGAAGAAGCAACAACAACAGCUAGCCUAUGAAAUGGCACAAGCUGAAAAGCAAAGUAUGAAAUUGGCUGGCAUGAAACAACAUAAAAUCAGCAGACAGAAAAAUGAAUCAAAAUUGCCACAAAUGCCAGCUGGUUUUCCAUUUUUUCAUACAAUGCCACCUGGAAGAGGUCUUAUGCCCGGCCCUGGUCUCAUCCCGAACCCUGGAUUGAUACCAGGAAGUGAAUUCUUCACUGGUCUAGCAAACAAUCCAGCACUAAGAGGUAUGCCACCCUGUAAUUUAUUAAACAAUCCAUUUGCUUUGGGAACCAGUGGUCCUGGUCUCAUUCCUGGUCCUAGUUUCUUACCUGGAGGCUUGAAUUCUCCUCUGAUGCCUAUGGGAAAUUUUGCCCAAUCAUCGAGAUCUUCUUCCGUUAAAAUACCACCAAUGCUCCGUCGACCGAGUUUGGAGGUAAUAGCAGUAGAAAAUGAUGAGGACAGAGGUAUUCAUAAGUCUUCAAUGAAUCGUGAAAAGGACCGCCACGAUAAGCACAAAUCUCAGACCAUUCCAAAUAUAUUACAGAAACACAAGUCUAAGUCGCAUAAGGAUCACAAGGCUAAUUUGUUCAAAAUGCCUCUUGUACAACCAGACAUAACAAUUGAACUGAAUCCUCCGAAAUCAGAAGGUAUUAGACAUCAUGAGCCACCCCGGGAUGCACUCAAUCAAGCUCGUGUGUCUGCUCCAGCCAGGCCUGUAGGACCUACGCCACCAAUACCUCCACGUGUGCCUAUCUCCAAGCCCGAUCCUGAAUCUGAACCGGUAAGGGAAAUGCCUCCCGUCAGGAUGGCUACACCGGAUUCUAUUCUAGAAAAAGACACCGAAAACACAGAUAAAAAGAAGGAUAAAUCCCAUAAAAAAGAAAAGAAAGACAAAGAUGGUGUAAAAAUUAAAAAGAAGAAAGAUAAAAAGGACAAAAACAAAGAUAAGUCUGAGAAAAAGCGCGAUAAAGAAGAAAAACAAGAAUUAAAAGAUAAAAUAAAAAAAGAAAAGAAAGAGAAGAAAAAAGAUAAAAUUGGCGAUGGUCUUGUUCCGAAAUUGACGUUGAAAAUAAGUUCUUCAAAUUCUAAUUCACCUAUGCCACCAAGCUCGCCCGAUACUUUCAAAUUAAAUAUAAAACCAGUAGUGAAGAAAGAAGAAGAGGACAGUCCAGUAAAAGACGAACCUUUGUCCAGGGAGCACAGUCGUUCGCCUGAGUUAGCUCAGAUUUCGGCUCUCGUUACUAGACCACCCAAACAAAAACAUUCUAAACACAAUCACCUCGCAGACGGAGAGCCUCUGCCCUCGCCGCCCCCCUCGGGCAGCUCACCGCCCGAGAAGGGCACGCCCUCGAGUCAUUCGAAAUACAAAAGGAUAUUGUUCAAGCCGUUGGCGAAGAAGGGCCACGAGCACUUUGAAGACGAAAUCGCAACGUUGUCUGAGGAACCGACCGUGGCGCCGGCACCCGCCCCCGCCCCGCCCCCCGACACUAAGCUCGAACCCCUCCCUACCCCUUAUUAUGUUGAUGAACAGGGCAACAAAAUAUGGGUUUGUCCGGCGUGCGGCAGACCGGACAACGGUUCGCCGAUGAUCGGCUGCGACGGAUGCGAUGGCUGGUACCACUGGGUGUGCGUGGGCAUCACGGAGGAGCCGGGCGCCACGGAGGACUGGUUCUGCAAGUCGUGUAUUGCGAAGCGCGCCGCGAUGGCGCUCGCCGGCGUCACUUCCGGCAAGAAAAGAGGCCGGAAACCCAAAGGGGAAAAAAUCAGAGACUGUCAUUAAUACGGACCUUAUGUUGUUACUGAGAUUAGUUUUAAUAUCCUUUCGAUAGGCAAGAGUGAAUGGAUGAGAGUUGUUAAUGGAUUAAUUGUUGAAUAAUAUCACGAAGAAAAAUGUUUUCAUCAUUUAUAAUGUUAUAUCAUAGGCUCGAUUAAGUAUAGAUAAUAAUUGAAUAUUGACAUAAAAUGUUGAACAUAAAAUAUAGUGUAGUUACUUGUAAUAAUUUUACCAAUAAUUCUAAAUAUUUUGUUACGAUUUCUCGUUUAUUUUCUUUCGCUCGGUUAGAUCAAGAUUAACUUACGCGAGCGCGUUAUACACAUCUCGCGUGUAGGUAUGUAUACAUAGAUGAUAAUAUAAGAUUCUUUUUAUAUUGUACAAAAACUGAAUUUACUUAAGAAAUUGGUGAUGUAUAAAGUAAUGUAGUGAAUAUUUAAUAAACAGAAGAAGGCUGGAUGCAUUUUCAGCUGAUAUUUGAAUAUUUUCAUAUUAUGAUUUUAAUAUAACCCUGUUUAUUUCUGUUGUUUUACUUUCGUUUUGUACAAGGCAAGGACGAUCGUGUGAUUUUGGCGCCAAAACAAAUUCGUUAUCCAGUGCGGUUACUUCACACGGCUUGCUUACUUGCGACAUCUGGCUGAAGGGAGGGGGGCCAAUGUAUUUGUUUUAUUUCAGCCAUGGCCAAUUAAAUGUAUUGGUUCUCGAAAUGCAGUACAUUAUUUAAACCCAUGAUCACGGUUUUGUGUACGGUAAGACGUUCGGGGUAUGCGAACGCUAAAAUUGCAAAUGAGAAUUCCGAACUUCUGUGUGAUUAUUAUAACGAGGCCUGAUGUGAUCUUUGCUGUGUGGUCUUGUAAUUUAAUUUAUUAAACAAUCUAAACCCUUUUAUUCUUUCGUCCACAAUUCACCUACCAUAUUGUCAAAGAUAUGUAUGAAAUAUAAAAUUUGAGUCAA